AACACAGUUAUAGUGCUAGUGCUAGUGCCAGUGCCAGUCCGUUUGAGCAUUUGUAAUUGUAACAAUGGUCCAAGACUCCUUGUUGCUAGCUAUAUAUACACACGCGUGCAGAAGUGCAUAUGCACUCUCGUGCACAAGACUAGCAGAGAGAACAUAAUCCAAAGAUGGGCUGGAGACCACACGUUGUCUCUGCGUCAUCAUCCGCACUAGUGCUUCAGUUCCUCGUGCUGCUGCUGCCCCUGCCCCUGCCCCUGCUGUCCGCCGAUGCAUCGUCAAGCCAAACGACGACGACGAUCUACGUCGUGUACAUGGGCGAGAAGAAGCACGACGAUCCUUCCGUCGUCAUGGCGUCGCACCAUGCCGCGCUGACCUCCGUUCUUGGGAGCAAGGAUGAAGCCCUCCGUUCGAUAGUCUACAGCUACAAGCACGGAUUCUCUGGUUUCGCGGCGAAGCUCACCCAGCCCCAAGCGGAGGAGCUUACAAAAUACCCUGGAGUCGUGAGCGUGAAGCCAAACGCGUACCACCACGUGCACACGACCCGGAGCUGGGAUUUUCUUGGCAUGAGCUACGGCGAAUCGCCGUCGUUGUCGUCGUCGUCGCGGCUCCUCAGGAAGGCCAAGUAUGGCGAAGAUGUCAUCGUCGGCGUCAUAGACUCAGGCAUCUGGCCGGAAUCCCCGAGCUUCGACGACAGCGGGUACGGCCCCGUGCCGAAACGGUGGAAAGGCGUGUGCCAGACCGGCCAGGCGUUCAACGCGAGCAACUGCAACCGGAAGGUCAUCGGCGCGCGGUGGUACGGCGCCGACGUCAGCGAGGAGGACCUCAAGGCCGAGUACAGGUCGGCGCGGGACGCCAACGGCCACGGCACGCACACGGCCUCUACGAUCGCCGGCUCGCCGGUGCGGGGCGCGAGCCACGCUGGCGGCGGCCUAGCCGCUGGCAUAGCGCGCGGAGGGGCACCGCGCGCGCGGCUGGCGAUAUACAAGGUCUGCCACGACGUCGGCGGCGGCACGAGCUGCGGCGACGCGUCGAUCCUCGCGGCCCUCGACGCCGCCAUUGGGGAUGGCGUCGACGUGCUAUCCUUGUCGCUGGGAGGAGGCAGUGACGAGGUCUACAGGACGUUGCACGUCGUGGCGGCCGGGAUCACCGUGGUGUUCUCCGCAGGGAACGAUGGCCCAGUGCCGCAGUCCGUCACCAACGCCCUGCCGUGGCUCGUCACGGUGGCGGCCACCACCGUGGAUCGCACCUUCCCGACAGUCGUCACGCUCGGCGACGGAGAGACGAAGCUGGUGGGGCAAUCAUUGUAUUACCGCAACCGAUCGGCGGCGGCAUCGACGAGCAACGACGACUUCGCUUGGCGCCAUUUGAUGGCUUUCACUGGCAAUGUGGCCAGGAUUUCGCCGGCGGCGACCAUGGUCGGGCCCCAGGUCGCCUCACCGAGGAUCGCGACGUUCUCGUCGAGGGGCCCCAGCGCAGAGUUCCCCUCCGUGCUCAAGCCCGACAUAGCUGCCCCUGGAGUGAGCAUCUUGGCAGCCAAGCGUGACUCGUACGUGCUCCUGUCUGGGACAUCCAUGGCAUGCCCUCAUGUCUCCGCAGUCGUCGCCUUGCUCAAGUCGGUUCACCCGGACUGGUCACCUGCCAUGAUCAAGUCUGCCAUUGUUACCACAGCGUCGGUGACCGAUCGAUUCGGCCUGCCAAUCCAAGCCAACUCGGUGCAAAGGAAACCGGCCGACGCCUUCGACAUGGGCGGCGGCCUCAUAGCGCCGGACAGGGCCAUGGACCCCGGCCUAGUGUACGACAUCCAGCCGGAGGAGUACAAAAGCUUGGACGACCGCGUCGACCGCCUCAACCUCCCGUCCAUCGCCGUGCCCAACCUCAUGUACGACUCCGUCACGGUCUCGCGCACCGUCACCAACGUCGGGCCGGUGGAGGCGACGUACCGGGCCGUGGUCGAGGCGCCGGCCGGCGUGGCGAUGGACGUGGCGCCGCCGGUGAUCGCCUUCGAGAGAGGCGGCGUCAGGAACGCCACGUUCAAGGUGACGUUCGUGGCGAAGCAGAGAGUGCAGGGCGGCUACGCGUUUGGGAGCCUGACGUGGCUGGACGACGCCAAGCGGCACUCGGUAAGGAUCCCCGUCGCCGUUCGGACCGUCGUCCGGGACUUCGUCGCCGAUGUGUCUCGAUGAUGAACACUGAACGAUGUGUCUGUCAAAGAAGAACACCGUCUCGAUGAUCGUCCAUAUAUGCGACACUGUGUCACUGUGUGUGAACACUGAACAACGUGUCAAAACUGAACUUAUGUUGCCAAUUUAUUUGCAAGCAACAAGGCGCUCCCAGCUGAUCUUGUGCCUUUAUGCAGUUUAUACAGUUCAAAUAAACUAUGAGGCUCAGCCUAGAAUUCAUUACAAAGCAUAAUUAUUGAGCGAGAGACCCGAUCGAUGAUAGUUUUGUCUGUAAUUCAUACAUGGGCACUCUCCUAUUUGCUUGCAUGCUUCGUUGCAAAUACAAACAAGUUUUAUGUG